UUUUUGGAGGUUGGAUGCACGUCCGCCAACCUAAGUAAUAUUUACUUAUUAUCAUUGAAACAAAACACUGCAAUUCCUCCGUUGGCGAAGGAUUCGACCCUUGUGGAUACAACAAUUGCACACUAUAUUCGAAAUUCAUCGUUAUCACAUAAUGGAACGAGUUUGGAGGUGCGUGUAGGAUAUAGGGGAAUGUGCAUGAUACAGAACAGUGAGGUCAAAACUUGCUCUACUAGUGCAAGGAGCCUGGCACGUAUACUCCAAACCAGCCCAAUUGCUGAGAGCAUCACAAACUAUGCGGAAUCACCCGACCCAUUUAAUCUGGUAUACAUUGCUAAGAAGUUUCAAGCGGAGGUUGUUUUUGAUGGAUUGAUAUUCCUGAGCCUCGCCUUGGUGUUCAUUUGUUUUCUAAUUAUGGGGACAUUUCCUGGCUGGCAUGAGGAGCAAGACGAGGUUGAAGACACAAUCGAAGUCAAACCAUUUCCGGUUCGUCGAACGGCCAAUGCUGCUGUUACGAGUAUCCUUGCAGGGUCCAUUUUCGCAUUCAUUUCCAUCUUGUGGCAACAUCUCAAUACGAGUGCCACAGCCUCAAUGAUCGAGACUCUUUCUUAUGGAGGGGUUACUUGUCAUGUGGGCCCGGCGGCAAUGUCACUUGCUUGGAUUGCAGUUGCUUUGAUCAUGAUUACUGGUCUGGGGUUGAGUGUGAUGAUGAUGAGCAUAAGUUUGAUUCGGAGACUCACCGAGGAAGACUAG